UUUCAGUGGACAAAUACGCAGUUGAGACUAUAAACUAGUGCAAGACACAUUUAGACGGUGGAAAUUAUAAUGAGACGUUCGAAAAUAGCCUCAUCGGUAGCAUCAACUGACGAAAGCGACGAUGAUGAGACGUCCAUAAAUCGGAAGAUGUCGAAUAAUGAUAGAGACUACGACUGCGAUGACGGCGGCACGACCAUGGACGUGAAUCUGUUCAAGUCGAUCGGCUUAUACCAGCUGAUUCAUCCGGUCGAAUGCGGCCUGAACAGCGGCCUGUGCCGGAUGGCCGUGAAGGCGAUCAUGGGCCUGACGCUCGCGCUGCAGUCGAUGCAGGUGUACCGGCUGUACCUGGCCAGGCACGACAUCCCGAUGCUCGCCAACAUGGCCGUGCUGGUCGUUUAUGGGUUCAUGUGUCUGUUCAAGGGCUACACGUUAGCGGCCCACGCUGACAGAAUAUGCUUAACGUUGGAGGCUGCCCGGUAUGCUUUCACCGAUUGCGGUAACCGUGACCCGUCCCUGAUGCRUCAGUGCCGGAUCAGGCUGUCCAACAUACUCCGCACGUUCGUCGGGCUCAGCUUCGUCACGCUGGUCGUGUGGUUGAUCAUACCGUGGUUCUUAGCAUCCGAGUACGACGACAAACCAAUCGUCUGGGCGGUCGUGUACGUCGUCGAGUCGUUCAUACUCACCGUCAAUGUGUUCUGUUGGUCGUCGUUCGACUGUUACCUGGUCACCAUGUGUUUCGUGUUUAACGCCUUGUUCCGCACUAUGAGCUUUGGCUACGAGAAAGUCGGCCGUGGACUGCACCCACUCACCGUCCAACCGUUCGGUCACCGUCGUAGUCCAGAUUCGG